CGACGUUCGGAAAUUAGUACACAAUUUUUCUAACAAAACGUCACAGAUACGCGGUCUCAGAUUUGUAUUUCAAUAACAAAAAAGCCGCUGUAUGCUGAUUAGUAUUUUUAGUGCGCUCAGUUAAUAUUAAAGUGCUAUUCCAAUAUAUUCCGUUUAAGCGUAAAUUCGAUAAAAUGGCUUCAUCUGAUCGCCAGGACUGCGGUUUUUAAAGGAUGAACGGUUUUAGUACCGGCGAAGAAGAUUCCAGGGGUCCUGCGGACCAGAUUUGUUGUUUAAUUGAUAACGGCGAAAGGUGUCCGAAAGCCGCUGGAAACGCAUCUUACAGCAAAAGAAUUCAAAAGACUGUUACCCAAAGGAGGCUCAAUCUAUUGUUAGAUAACACAGCGCGACACAUUUACAUCUGUGAUUUCCACAAAAUGAUCAUUCAGUGCGCCAGAACAAAACGAAGAAGGAAGGAUUCAGAGGAUGACAGCAACGAGACUGACACAGAUGUACCUGAGGUUGAUCUGUAUCAACUUCAAGUAAAUACUCUAAGAAGGUAUAAAAGACACUUUAAGGUUCCCAUGCGACCCAACUUGAACAAGGCACAAUUAGCAGAUACAUUAAUGAAGCAUUUCAAGACAAUUCCAGUAAAGGAGAAGGAUGUGGUGACAUUCUUUAUCUACACUGUAAAGACCAAUGGUAACAAAUUGGAUCAAAAGAACGGAGUCAAUAAUGAUACAAGCUAGAUGGAGGAA